AUGAGAGAAGCAAUUCUUCGUGUAAUUCAUCACAUUGGUUUUCCUCAAUUACAAUUUUUAUCAAAUGUGGUUCAAUUAAUAAUGACACUUAGAGUUAUUGGUUUAUCUUAUGAAAUUGAAGAUUCAGUUAAAAAUGAAAAAAAUUUAGAAAAAAACAAAAAUAAUUCUGAUUCAUCAAGUAGAUUUAUUGAAAUUCCAAAUAGUUUUGAUGCAUUUAAUUAUUUUUAUAAUUUUAUUGGUUUAUAUACGGGACCAUAUUUUAGUUAUCAAAUAUAUUCUGAUACAUUAUCUUCACCAAAAUUAUAUGAAAUUGAUGUUAAACCACUUUUAUAUGACAAAUUAUCAACAUUAGGAUGGUGUUUACCAUCACUUAUUAUUAUAUAUAUUAUUGCACCAGUAGAAUUUUUAAAAACUGAUGAAGUAACAUCAACAUCAUUUUUGGUUCUUAUUUUUUGGAUGUUUUUAGCAUUUCUUUAUCUUCGAUUACGUAUAUAUACAGCAUGGAUGAUAGCUGAAUUAAUUUGUAUAUUAUCAGGAAUAGGUGUAUAUCCAUAUGACUGUAAUAAUGUUUCAUUUCAAGGACCAAAAAAUAUUGAAUUAUAUAAAAAAUUAAAAAAUAAAAUUGAUAUUAAAUAUGAUGCAUUAACAAUAUCAAAUUUAGAUAUACCAAAUGUUGAGAUGUCUUCAGGUUUUAGAAGUGGUAUGAGAUCAUGGAAUCGUUCUGUUCAAUUUUGGCUUGCUACUUUCGUUUAUAAAAGAUCUCCAAAAUCUAUACGUAUGCCAUAUACAAUGUUUAUAUCAGCAUUUUGGCAUGGAAUUCAACCAGGAUAUUUUCUUUCAUUUAUGACAAUUCCUAUUUGUACAUUGGCAGAAGAUUUAAUAUUUAAAAUUGUUGAGAAUGAUCCAACAACAGGAGAACGACCUAAAUGGUUUCAAUUUAUUUGGUAUAAUAUUAGAACAAGAGGUUUUGAAUUAAUGGCUAGUGGAUUUUUGUUAUUAACUUGGAAUGACACUGUUAGACUAUGGAAUUCAGUUUAUUGGUGGUUACAUGUAGUAAUGUUAUGUAUAAUUAUUUUUUCUAAAUUAUAUCUUUCAUUUAAAAAGAAAGAUGGCAAAAAAAAUGAGUAG